GAGUGGUUUGUUCCAUGAGAUUAUUAUGUGACAUUGGAGCUGUCAGUUCUGGGGCAUUAACUGACAUCAUGUAUCAGGUUAGGUUAAUAAUCUCCAGCUUGGUUCUGCUUGAGCUGAUCUGUGUGCCUGCAGGCAUAGAUCGCUGAUGGAAAAGCAGCCUCUUGGGGAGGAAGAUUAAAUGUAGGAUGGCUAAUGGCUUGAUACUACUAGUCCCACUUCAAGAUGUGCUGGCAUAGAGUCUGUGAUGCAGUCUGAGCUCUGUUUGGAAAGCAGAAGAGGCCUGAAGGCUGCAGUGUGCAUCAACCAGCCGGGACCCUUUCAAGGAUGCCUGCAGCACUUAAAGCAUCUCCAGAUGACAGAACAGCAGAUCCUGGAAACCAGGAAAGGAUAUUACCAGAAUGGGAAAAAAACAACAAUGAAAUCCAGAUACCCAUUUGUUUUGGCAGGAUGUCCCAAGAGCCUAGGAAGAAUUUCCCCCACACCAAACAGGUUGGGAAUUACCUAGUUGGUAAAAUGAUCAACAAGGGCUCUUUUGCCAAAGUGAUGGAGGGGUUACACAUUCCCACCAGAGAGAAGGUAGCCAUAAAAGUUAUUGACAAGAAAAAAGCCAAGCAAGACUCCUACGUUUUAAAAAAUAUGAAGCGGGAACCUCGGAUACAUCAGAUGAUUAAACACCCUAAUAUUGUUCAGCUGUAUGAAACCCUGGAGACAGAUAACUCCUAUUACAUGGUGAUGGAGCUAUGCCUAGGGGGAGAUCUCAUGGACCGAAUCUGUGAGAAAAAGAAACUAGAAGAAAGGGAAGUCAAGAAAUACAUGAGGCAGAUCAUGUCUGCAGUUGAACAUUUGCAUCGUCAUGGAAUAGUCCACAGAGAUUUGAAGAUUGAAAAUUUCCUUCUAGAUGAAAACAACAGCAUCAAAAUUGUUGAUUUUGGACUGAGCAACAUCAUGAAGUUUGAGGGCCUGUCUCAGGAACUGUUAAAUACGCAGUGUGGGAGUCCAGCCUAUGCAGCCCCAGAACUCCUGGCUCAUAAGAAAUAUGGACCAAAAGUAGAUGUCUGGUCUAUAGGAGUCAGCAUGUUCGCCAUGUUGACAGGCACAUUACCAUUCACUGUAGAGCCAUUUAAUAUCAAGCAGCUUCAUCUCAAGAUGGUUAAUGGUGAAAUGAAUCCCAUUCCUCCCAAUAUUUCCACAGGAGCCAUCCAUUUCAUGCACUCCUUACUUGAGCCUGAUCCAGCUAAGCGCCCUGCUAUUAAAGAGGCAAUGAAAGACAAAUGGCUGAGUGACAGUAAUAUCAGGAAACCACUGAAUCCAUACACAUAUAAAAACAGACUUCAUCCUGAAGAACUAAAUCCUGUGGUUUUGAGUUAUAUGACGGAAACAAUGGAACUCAGUCUUUCAGAUGUUGUCAGUGUCUUGACAAGCAAUAAGCCAUCUUCUAUGACAGCAACAUAUUACUUACUUCUGAAAAAACUGGUGAGAUACCAAAAGGAACAAAGGGCCAUAAAGAAAGAAAGAGUACCAAAGAAGUCUGACAGGAAGCCACCUAUAAAUAACGAUAUGGAAACACUUGCUUCUCUGAAGACAGAACCAGUCAGAGCAGAAAAUCUGAAAAGCUGUGACAGUAAAGCAUGUCCUCCAGUGCCGAACUCAGAAAUGCCAUAUGCCAUCCAGGAAGAUGAAAUUGCCAUCACUCUGGAAAACCAAGAGAUUUUACCAAAAGUUUCCAAGUUUGCAGACAGAGAACUGGUACAUUUUGAGCCUCCUAAAUCUCCAGAUACAUUUUUUUCUGGUGAACCACUCAGCCAGACGCAACAAGAUCCACAAGAAAAUGAGGAAGGUGUCAAGGAUUUCACAGAAGUGAGAAAAUCAUAUUUGUCAGAGAGGACCCCUUCUGCUACAGGGAAUAACCACCAAGCUCAAUGUAUGAAUCGGCUAACACCAAGAUCAGCAACUGAAAGCCGAGCUCUAGACCAAAGUCCUGUUGUUUUCCCUGACACAAAAGUCAUAGAUCUCCUGAGAGCAAUGGAUGAAAAUCUUUCAGCCCCAACAUGGCAAUAUCCAGAAAAAGACAGCUCUGCCUUCUUGAUAAUGGAAACGCCACAACUCUCACCUCUACCACGAUUGAGGCAAGUUGCUUUGAGGGACUCCAUCACUAAAAGGGUGUCAUGGGUAGGAUUAUCGCAACAGCAACCUAGUGGCUCUUCUCCAUUUUUUGCCAAUGGUUCAAGGCCACCAAUUUUCCCUAUGUCCCAGCAACAAACACUCAUGGUGAGAAGCCUGAGGCAAUCUAAAGAAAAGUCCAAAGAGCUUUUCAGCAGUAGUAACAUUAAGAGGAACUUUGUCCAGCUCAAACAUGUACCUAAGGACACGGACCUGAAUCUUCCAGUAUUGUCUCCACCAUAUCAAACAAGAUCAGCGAAAAAAUCAGAGAUUUUAAGGUUAGAUUUUGCAUAGGGAAAUACAUGCAAAGCAGGGUAUUAAAUGGGGAGGAGCGGCCAUAUUAUACAAGUGCAAGACAAUGAAGGAUCUUGGUGAAUAGUACCACGCAGUAAGAAUGUAUCACAAUUCAAAUAAAAUAGGUGAAGUUGGAGUUUAGUUGCGAAAGAGAUUUAAGAAAAGAUGGGGCUCUGGUAGGCAAGCCAUGGCUUCACACAUUGCAACCGAAGAAUUUAAUUCCACCUUGCCUCAAAGACAUCACACACAGAAGUUCCAUGGUGAGGAAAAUAAAUGGUCAUGGACUAGCAGUUUAUGUUUCUGCUUUUUUAAUGUUCUUGAAGCUUGUGCCAAACAAGGUUUGGUUAGUUUUAUUUUAAAUAAAGUUACACAGCCACUGGUA